UCAAUCUUGACUGGAGAUCAAUGACCCGGGCCCAGUUCUUUGUUCGAUAUCCUUAGCUGUCAAGCAGUGUUUACUGGGUUGUGGUCUCAUCCGGGGCAUUGGAUGAUAAAUGCUUCGUAAAGCCCAUCAAGCCGUUUCACCACGAGUUUAUCAGAUCAGUGGCCAUCGCAUCUUCACGAAAUGCCAUGCCACUAUCAUAGCAAUAUACAACACCAUUCCGAGGCUUUACUCGCUUCAUUGCCAGGAGGCGGUGAUGAGAAAGUCUCUGUUAAUGCUGCUGGUCUAAACCGGGAGGAGCUUCGUCAAGAAGCUACCCGGAAAAGCAUCAGUGAACUGCGUUCGGUCCCCAGCAGCAGAGUCUGGAUUACCACCAACAGAUACUGCACCAUCGGAAAUAGCAUGGGCAGGCUGGAAAGAUACUUGCACAACAUUUGGCAUUUAUAUUACCAGGUAGGUAGGUAUCUGUCGCAUGAGAGUCCUGAGCAUGAUGCUAUUGUCCUAGAUAACCCCCGCAUUCAGGGCAAAGGCUCACUAUCCAGGCCAGUAAAAGGGGUACCUGGUGUUGAUGUGGCAAGGGACCGAGAUGACAAAUUUUGGGAUGACUUCCCUUUCAUUGUACCAGACAUGGCAGACUACUGAACGGGUUCGUGACAAUGCCUAGGACCUAGCGGCUUAACUUGACCUCCUUUCUCUUGCUGAAGUGGCCUCAACUCGCGUCUGCAAGGAUCAACUCUGUCGGAUUGCCGCCUUCCUGCUCCGCGUUACUUUGGAGGAAAGAAAUAGAUCACCGCCCCAUUAAUAGGACAAUCGAAGAAGACCCAUUACGCACGAUGAAGUAGGUUUCAAAGGCAGACUUGCUGCCCUCUGCCUACG